AUGAUAAACAAUGCUGAAGUUGCAGAAAAACGUUUAAUAGAAUUAAAGUCCAAGGUAGGAGAAUUAAAGACUGCAAAAAUUGAAGAAAAAAUUAGAGAUCUUACAGAGGAAAAUAAGGUACUUGAGUCCAAAAUUGAAUCUACUAAGGCUGAAUUAAUAAAAUUAGAAACGGCAAAUGGAAAAAAACAGUACCCAAUUCCUAGCAAAUGCAUCCCAAGAACUGUAGUGCAAGAAUCUAUAGAACCUUCUAAAGAUUCUUUAACAAAAAAGACCAAGGCAGCCGAUGUUUCUUCUGAUAGUAACUUAUCGAAGAAAAAAGAAAAGGGGGCUGGAGCCGUCAAUGAUGCCGUCAUUGACAUUCGAAAGUUAGAUUUCAGAAUCGGAAAAAUUAUUGAUAUUAAUAAACACCCUGAUGCCGACUCUUUGUAUGUAGAACAAGUUGACUGUGGUGAAGACAAAGCUCGGACAGUGGUAUCUGGACUUGUAAAAUUUAUACCCAUGGAAGAAUUAAAAAACAAAAUGGUGGUGAUUCUCUGUAACUUGAAGCCAGUCAAGAUGAGGGGAAUAACCUCAGAGGCAAUGGUUAUGUGUGCUUCAUCUCCUGAGAAAAUAGAAGUUUUAGAACCGCCUGCUGCAGCUGUCCCUGGUGAUUUAGUUCACUGUGAAGGUUUCCCACGAGAACCAGAAUCUGUACUUAAUCCAAAAAAAAAGAUAUUUGAGGCUUGCGCCCCUGAUCUCAUGACAAAUAAUGAUAAAGUUGCAUGCUAUAAAGGAAGUCCAUUAGUAGUUCCGGGUAAAGGACAUUUAUUAGCUCCCACAUUGAAAGGAGUUAAUAUAAAAUAA